GUUCCCGGCUCGGGGACAGCGAGCGCGCCGCCCUGCUGCGGAGCUCGGAGUUUGUGUCGGAGUUUACUUCCCGCCACGCUGACUUUGCAUGCUUCCAAACCGCCUUGUCUCUCCGCCUCUGCCGCCGCCGCCAGAGAAUCGCAUCAGGGCUUCUUAGCCUCGCUAGCCUUUGGCUCAGAGCUGGUGGGGUACACGGGGCUUUGGUGUGUAAGAUCUCGCAACUGUUUAGCAAAAAUGCACUCAACAAAAGGACUUUACUCCGACGAGGAAAAUAGCGAUCUACGAAGGAUCUGGAGGAAAAUAACGCUGUAUUACAUUACGGCAGUGAGGUAUCUUACAGUGUGCGCCUUCUCCCGCAGCUUGAAGUGGCAUCACCAUAUGCCACCUUGGCUGGCUUCCGUAGUGAGGCCGUGCAGCACGUACUUUCUUCAUCUUCGUAAAAUAUCACAAAAAGAGAUGUGAUCACAACUGAAUAAACAUAACAUGCGUGCGGAA